AUAAUAUGGUCGGCGUCGAGAAAUCCGCAUGGUGGAGGGUGCUCCCCGCCCCGAAGCGUCAUCAGAGGAAAGUUUUCUUCCAUCCUCGUCUGCAUGGAGAAAAAAAAACCUUCAAACUCGAAACUUCGAACACAACCCCCACAGAAAUCUUCGUUAACAUAAGCAAAUUAACAUUCUUAUUAAGUGUGUUAUUGGUGUUACUAUAACAUUCCUCUUUAUUUUAUAUGCAAAAUAUAGUUAAAUAUUUUCACCGCAUAGGUGAGUCCAAUAAGCUAUAAGCAAAGACAGCCAUUGUGUAAGUAUAUAUGGAAGCUGGUUAGUUACUGGUACAGACAUAGGUAAAAAUGGUUGACGCUUACCCUAUUUGCUCUCUUCUUCCUUCUCCUUCUACAUUCCUCAACAAUCGCAAUUUCUCUUCCUUCUCUACUUCAUGUCACUAUCUCAAAUUUUCCAAAAAUCUCUCUCAUUUCAUCACACACUCUUCCUUUCAAAACCCAUCUGCGAAACAAGAACACCCAGAUGCAAAGUCUUCACCUUUAUUGAAAACUAACACCUGGGUUAAUCCCAUAAACCCAAAUACGAAACAGAUUUUAAAGCGUUCAUUUUUGUUGAAACUAGCCAAAACUCUUGACUCAUGUGACCCUAAUGAAAAUCAAGUUUAUGAAAUCAUUAAGGGUUUUGUUGUCAAUGUAACUCAACGUAAUGCUAGUUUUAUUCUGAAUAAUAUGUCGAAAACUGAUAAUGCAAUGUUUGUGUUUAGAUACUUUAUGCAGAUGUUUGAACCAGAGCAAGUUGUUUUUUACAAUGUGAUGUUGAAACUGUUUAGGAAAAGUAGGGAAUUUGAAAAUGCAGAGAAACUGUUUGAUGAAAUGCUUCAAAGAAUGGUUAAGCCUGAUGUUAUUACGUUUUCGACGAUUAUUAGCUGUGCUAUACUGUGUUCUGAACAUCAUAAAGCUGUAGAGUGGUUUGCGAUGAUGGGUUCGUUUGAAUGUGAACAUAAUGACUACAUAUCGUCGUCUGUGAUUUCUUCUUAUGCACGUAUUGGUAAUUUUGACAUGGCUUUGAGAUUAUAUCGUCGUGCAAAGAAGGAGAAAUGGAAAGUUGAAAAGAUGGCGUUUUCGGCGUUGAUUAAGAUGUAUGGGAAGUCGGGAAAUUAUGAUGAAUGCUUAAGUGUUUACCGUGAUAUGAAGGUUUUUGGUGUUAAUCCUAACAUGACGGUAUACAACAAUCUGUUGUGUGCUAUGGGAAGAGGCAAGAGAGCACGGGAAGCCAAGGCUAUAUAUGAGGAGAUGAUAAACAAUGGAAUUUCACCAAAUCAGUUAACCUAUGAAUCUGUCUUGCAAGCCUAUUGUAGAGGAAUGCAUAAAAUAGAUGCCUUGAGUGUGUAUAAGGAAAUGAAAGAAAAGGGAUUGGAUAUCGGUAGAGUUCUAUAUCACAUGCUUCUUGAUAUGUGUGCUGAUGUUGGUUAUGCAGAUGAAGCUGUUGGAAUAUUUCAAGAUAUGAAAUCUUCCGGAACUUGCCAUCCAGACAGUGUUGCAUACACAUCCUUGAUUAACAUGUACACCCGCACUGGAAAAAUUUCUGAGGCAGAAGCCAUGUUGAAUGAAAUGAUGAAUAGUGGGUUUGAGCCUAAUAUUUUAGUACUGACAUCUCUUGCUGGUUGCUAUGGAAAAGCAAAACGACCUGACGAUGUUGUGAGGAUAUUUAAUCAACUUUUGGAUUUGGGCAUUAGUCCCGAUGAUCGCUUUUGUGAUUGUCUUUUGUAUGUUAUGACACAAUUACCGAAACAAGAACAUGGUAAAAUAACAGAUUGCAUUCAGAAGGCCAAUCCAAAGCUUAGUUUUGUGGUUAGGUAUUUGAUGGAAGAGAGGGACGGUGAUGGAAAUUUUUGGAAGGAAGCAUCAGAACUUUUUCAUUCAAUUGAUGACUUUGUUAUAAAGAAGUCCACGUGCAACAGUCUAAUUGAUCUUUGUGUCAAUCUGGAAGUUCCGGAUAGAGCUCGCGACCUUCUCAACCUGGGAGUUACUCUUGAGAUAUAUCCCAAUAUGCAGAAUAGAUCUCUAACCAAGUGGUCUUUGUAUGUAAAGAGUCUCUCAACUGGAACUGCUCUAACAGUAUUUUAUGUUUGGAUAAAUGACAUAUCUAAAGCUUUGGAAUCAGGGGAGGAGCUUCCACCAGUACUUGGAAUUUAUACCGGGACUCGGAAAAACAAGUCUUCACGAAUUGUAAUUGAAUCAUAUCUGAAUGAACAUAAUGCUCCAUUCCAAAAGGAUAAUGAUAUGGCUGGGUGGUUUUUGACAACGAGUGAAGCAGUUAAGCCAUGGCUACAAUCUAGGAAAACUGAUGCUACUUUGGACUCCAGGGUUUUAGAUGUUCCAACUAUGGCUCCUUCUCAUUGACAAUGUUGUUUUAGGUAGCCAUGCUUCAUGUAGUUUUUCUUUUUCUGCCAUGAGGAAAUUUUUAUAUAAGUUUUUGAGAUUGUUUUUUUAGUGGAUUCUUAUAUUUUGAUUGCCGACCUGAUAUAGUAUAAUCUAUUUAAAAUAUCAUAUUUAAUCUAUAUCUUAAAGAGUAGUUGCUUACACCAUGAGAAAAAGUUGAGUCAUCAGUUUUGUUAUUUUCUUUUAUUUAUUACAAAAAGCUUAGGAAAAAAAAAUGUUAGUGCUGUUAAGGUUGACUUAUAUGUUUAGCAUAAUUGUUGACCUUAUUUAGUCACUUUUUUUUAUCUGAGUUUGACUUAAAGUUUUUAGCUUUAUUUAUUAAGUAUAGUGAUUGGUAAAAUGAAGUAAGAAAGUUCUUCUGACUUUUGUUAAGAACAAUAUUUUGAAUGUGGUGACCACCUUCAAGUCACUAUUACCACCCCAUUUGACUUUUAUGAGAGUUUUCUGUAUAUUUUAUUAUAGAAGUCAAAAUUAGAACCAAAACUAUGUGAUAAGUUGAUGGCUUGCACGU